CCUUAGCACAGUUGUAUGCUGGCCCGUUUGCUAUUACAGCGGGCAACUCUUCUACCUUUCAACCUGAUCUCCACACCGAUAGUGGGCCAUGUUCUCGGAAUAUGCCUCACGCUUUCUUGCUCAGUCACAGUCCCGAGUAGCCUCUCGCCCGGACGAGCUCCAGAGAACCGGCCGUGCUCAUCCGAACCAACGCCAGGGCAGUACGAGGAACCCACCCUCCCGCUCUUCCCUGAGAACCGGCGAUCCAUAUAGGCCCGGGACAUCCCAGAUUUCCAAUUUCCCUUUUGCCUCGCGAACUUCAGCGCAACCGGCCCCUCUCUUCUAUAGCGCCACUGAUGAAUUCCGGGAAGAAGACGACGAAACUGAGCGGGAACGCGAGAUAGCCGAUUUCUAUGCACUACAACGAUCAAGACGGCAGUUUGGUGACAGCAAUCUUAAGGACUCCUCCGAACUUGAGGACUCCUCUGAACAUUCGGCCAGUUUACAUGAGGGAAAUUCUUCUUACGAUGAUCGCCCCGGUAAUGGAAAAGGGAUCAAGAGCUCGUGGCGUGGUGAAAAGGGAGCACCUGCCCCCCAUCACUCUCGAAUCGAAACUGUGGCAGAAGAGAUGGAGCAGGAGCCGGGAUCUUUCACGGGCCCGGGAAGUAGCAGGACUCGAGGCAAUCUGGUCGAUAUAGGACUCGAGGACUCCCUACGAGACAACGCUGGGGAUGAGGAACGCACUCCGUCGGAAAUUGUCGGUGAUGACCCGCCUAUUCAACGCUUCCGACAAAGACCUUCGACUCUAGAGGACUCUUGCGACUUCAACUCAUUCAGCUCUCCUGCUGAGCAGACCAAACCGCUCACCUCCGAGUUGAAUCGGCCGCCAAGUUCGGCAGGUUCCUUCCCCGCUUCUAUUUCGCCGCUCGCUUCAGAAACCUCUGUACACGACAUAUUCUGGGGACAGUUGUUCCUCAUCUCUCUCGCUGGGUUGUUUGCUACAUCUUUCCUGGUCUGGUUGCAUACAUCUACGCCAUCCGGUGACAAGUCUAAAUGGGGUGACACAAUCUACUUGACUGUCCACAGAUCUUUCUUCCUUCUUGGGAUAUACACGCUUGUUUCUGUUCUCGUGUCUCUCCUUUGGCUCGCGUUGCUACGAUCUUACGUGCGAAUUUUAGUCUAUAUGAUUAUCGUCGCCGUUCCUACCAUCCUAUUUUCCUUCUCCCUGUACCCCUUCAUCUCGAGCUUCAAGGGCGCAUGGCAUGGAUCGAGCGUCCAGGACAAGGCGAUGCGCUGGGGUUCUUUCAUCCCAUUGCUUCUGGCCGGCCUAUGGACCUACAAUGUCGUUCGAGGUCGUCGAUCCAUUGGGAAAGCGAUUGGCAUUCUCGAAUUCUCAUGUCGAAUUUUGGCCGCGAAUCCCGAAUUGCUUGCCCUCGGACUGGGUGUUCUUGUCUGCGUGGUAUCAUGGACAUGGAUUUGGAUGCUGAUGUUCACCCGUGUGUUCCUGGGCGGGCACCUGGCUGGACCACGAUCCUUUAUCAUUGAUCUGAGCAGCUGGUGGCUGGGUGUCUAUUUUGUCGUGUUUUAUCUGUGGUCGAUCGGCGUGAUUUCCGGGGUUCAACGCGCCGUCACGGCCGCGACAGUGAGCCAAUGGUACUUCCAUCGCCUGGCGAGUCCGGCACCCGCAUCACGGCAGAUCGUUCAGGCUGCCAUCGUGCAUGCCACCACCACCCUGUUCGGGACGAUCUGCCUUUCUCGCCUCCUCGGCUUGUUGAUUCGGCUGCCUUUGAUAGUACUCCCCACCCGUCUGUCCUCGUUGCUCAGCCUCUUUGCCUAUUCUCUAAUCCCCACUCCCAUUGCCUACCUGACGAACCCUCUUUCCCUCACCUAUGCAGCCAUUCAUUCCCAGCCACUGGCUGCAUCGGCGCGGGGACUGAGCCAGAUGACGGUUCUGGCUCCAUCGGCAGCCUCGUCAUCUUUGCAUCCUCGAGCCUAUUCCCGCUCUCCAGGAGCGUCUACGUCUCUUAUUUCCUAUCGUCUUUCGAAGUUGAUUCUCCAUGCUACACGCUUUAUCAUGUCUUUGGCUUUGGGCUUCGGUGGCUGGGUCACCACUGCUCGAAGCCUGACCACUGCCGCCACUGGCGGUACGAUUCGCGGCAGCUUGUAUGCCUAUGUGGUUGGUCUGAUAGCCGGAGCCAUUGGAUGGAGCAUAUUGGGUGCCAUGGAAAGUGUUAUCGCAGAUAUCGUGGAUGCUUCUGUGAUCUGCUGGGCAAGCGAAGUUGGCAUUUACGGCCGGGAAGCCCGCUACUGUCGUGAGGCUGGCUGGCUCUUUGGUGACUCGAGCUCGGACUUCCGACCCGAGUAUGGAGAAGUCUAG